AUGGUACCAACAACAUGGUUCGGUUUUCUUCUCCUCGGGGUUGUAUCCUUAGUACAGGCGGCAACUACAUUUACUGUUCCGAUUGAUUACAAUGACGAGCUGACAGUUUCAUACUAUUUCAGAAACGGGAAUAGCGAAGUUUCUGUUGCGGCAAGUGGGCAGGGAUUGGAAAUCACCAUUAAUGCUGACGCGAGUGAAGUCUGUGAUAUCUUAUACUCUGGUAUGAUCGUUUACGCUGCGGACGGUGCGGCUGAAAACACUUUGAUAUCGUGGAAUCAAUAUGACGUCUUCUAUAUGGUUGACAACAACGGCAACACCGUGACCUGGACUUCGACCAACGCGCAAGUUUGUCCGGUUGCAGAUUCUCCAUCCGGUUCAAUCACCUCUUCGGCUUUCGCAACCUCUGGUAUUGAAUCUACCACCACGCUUUCCGGUUCAAUUUCUUCUUCUAUGAUGCAAACUUCGGAUAUCGCGUCCUUGAUCACUUUUACGGGGGAAAUCAGCGGCUUGGGUACCUCUCUCGUUACUUUAUCUUCUACUGCAGUCCCCGUUGCUCCAUCAGUUACUUUGUCCACGGUUACUUCAACCGUUAACGGCGAAGUUACCGAGUAUACAACAUUCUGUCCAUACACAACUAUUGUGCCCGCAGAAAAAAUUGUUACCUAUGCAAGUGCAGUUACGAGAACAAUUAAUGGACAAGAAUCGAUUUACACCACCUAUUUCCCUGUUUCAACUCAGUUUAUAGCUACUUCCACUGCUACUGGAAAGCAAGCUCCAACUGUCGCCCCCCUGACGACGGUUACUACCACGCAAAAUGGCGUGGUUUCUGUGUAUACAACUAUUUGUCCGGAAACUUCAAAGAUGACCAGCGUUGAAACGGCGCAAACUGUUGUCACGAGUAUAGUUAAUGGAUCACCAACAGUUUACACUACUUGGUAUCCAUAUGCGACAGUUGAACAAACAGCUUCAGUCGUUACUACUUCUGUUAAUGGAGUUGCAACAGUUUACACCACUUGGUGUCCUGUUUCUACUUCUGCAACAACUGCAUUGUCUGAUGCAUUGGCUGCUAAUAAUGAUACAGCUUCUCAAACUGCUACAUCCAUAUCUUCCACCUCAGUUCAAACUGUUACAACUAGCCCUGCACCUACUUCUACCAUAAUAGGGGGUACCAGUAUUAUCACAAAUGGUCAAUCGAUCGAAGCCUCGUCCCCAUCUUCCCGCUCAUCACCAGCAUCACCAGCCUCUCCAUCGAUUAACACUGUGCAAGGACAAACUACGGCCGCUUCUGAAACAACAGCUUCUGUUUCUGCUUACCAAGGAUUAGCUGCAACUUUCAAGACAAAUUCAAUCUUGGGCUACGCAGCCGUUCUCGUCGGUUCCUUCUUCUUAGCCUAA